AACGAUCUUCCAAAUAAGCGUUGAAGUUAAAAUCCUUGAAUCUUUCAUGGGAGUUUGCCUUCAAACGCCACUGACUUAGUUUCAUGUUAAACUUGUUAACUCUCUACAGGUUGUCUGUUAACAACUACUCUUUUCAAUAUAUAUAUAAGAAAUGAAGACUUAAUCAACCUUUUUUACUCUCCUAUAAAUUAAUCAAGGCUGCUGGUGAACAAAAGAAAUCCAAAGAAUCGAACCACUGAAAAAUGGGAGACUUUGAUCAGAAGAGUAAUGAGAUCGGAGAUGCAGCGGCAACGACUGAACAAGUCGAGAAGGGAUUGAAAGAACGGAAGGUUUCCUGGGGAAAGCUUGGCCGUAUAGAUUCACUGAACAGGGAAGCUGGAAAAGUUUCUAAUGAACCAGGUCACAAGAAUAAGUUGGACUGGAAAACGACACUGAGCUUGGCGUUCCAGAGUGUUGGAGUGAUUUAUGGAGACGUAGGAACAUCUCCACUCUACGUAUACUCCAGCACCUUCUUGGAUGGGAUCAAGCACAAGGAUGACCUGCUGGGUGUUUUGUCUCUCAUCAUUUACACAUUAGCAAUCUCUCCGAUGAUUAAAUAUGUCUUUAUCGUUUUGUGGGCUAAUGACCAUGGCAACGGAGGAACUUUUGCACUCUAUUCCUUGAUAUGCCGCUACGCAAAGGUAGGAUUAAUACCUAAUCAGCAGCCAGAGGACAGGGAGCUAUCACACUAUAAACUGGACAAACCAUCAAGCCAGUUGAAGAGAGCUCAAAAGAUAAAAGAAAGACUAGAGAACAGUAAAGCUAUGCAAAUUUCACUCUUCUGUCUCACAAUCUUAGGGAUUGGCAUGAUUAUUGGAGAUGGAAUUUUGACUCCAGCCAUCUCAGUGCUUUCCGCAGUUGGUGGCAUCAAGUCGUCGGCAAAAUCUCUCAAUCAAGAUGCCGUCGUCUGGAUUUCCGUGGUAAUCUUGCUCCUUCUGUUCUCUGCACAACGGUACGGCACAGACAAAGUUGGCAGUACGUUCGCUCCAAUCAUCCUUGUAUGGUUUGCUUUCAUCAGUCUCACUGGUCUCUACAAUUUAUUCAAGCAUGAUGUGACUGUAUUACGUGCAUUUAAUCCAAUGUACAUAAUACGCUAUUUCCAACGAAAUGGCAAGAAUGCAUGGAUAUCUCUUGGUGGGGUUGUGCUGUGCAUUACAGGAACUGAAGCUAUGUUUGCUGAUCUCGGUCAUUUCUCGGUCCGCGCAAUUCAAAUCAGUUUCUCCGGGGUUGUUUUUCCGGCACUACUAUCCUGUUAUAUCGGGCAAGCUGCAUACCUCUCCAAAUUUCAGGAUGACGUUCAUGAUACUUUUUACAAGUCAAUUCCAAAGCCAAUAUACUGGCCAACCUUCGUUGUUGCUGUUGCUGCUGCAAUUAUUGCUAGCCAAGCUAUGAUAUCCGCAGCUUUUUCAAUCAUAACACAAGCUCUAAGUCUUGGGGCCUUUCCGAGGGUUAAAGUUAUUCACACUUCUGCUAAGUAUGAAGGACAAGUUUACAUUCCUGAGCUCAACUACUUUAUUAUGAUUGCCACUGUUCUAGUCACGCUUAUAUUCCGAACUACCGAACAGAUCGGUAAUGCAUAUGGAAUUGCGGUGCUUUCUGUGAUGGUAAUCACAACUCAUAUGGUCACUCUCAUAAUGCUAUUCAUUUGGAAAACAAGCAUCUGGCUGGUAGCACUAUUCUAUAUAGUGUUAGCUUCAAUUGAAUUAACAUAUUUAUCGGCAGUCCUAUCUAAAUUCACAAAAGGAGGUUACCUUCCAGUGGCAUUAGCGCUAAUUCUUAUGGCAGUGAUGGGUAUAUGGCACUAUGUUCACAAGAAAAGAUAUAUGUUUGAGCUUAAAAACAAAACGUCUGGCGAGUUUGUCAGAGAUCUUGUCAAGAACGAAAAUGUAAACAGAAUUCCUGGAAUAGGUCUUCUAUACUCCGAGCUCGUACAAGGCAUCCCACCGAUAUUCCCACACUUUAUUGCCAAUAUACCAUCCAUACACUCAGUCUUGGUGUUUGUUUCGAUAAAACGGAUCCCAGUCAGUAAAGUGGCAGCCGAGGAACGUUUUCUUUUCAGACAGGUUGAACGGAAAGACUACCGAAUGUUCCGUUGUGUGGCACGUUACGGAUAUAAUGAUGCUGUCGCAAAAUCAGAAGAGUUUGAGCAAGAUUUGGUCCAAAAUAUGAAAGAGUUCAUCCAAUAUGAGUCUUACGUUCUGGAAUAUGGAUCUACUGAAAAUACAAAUACAAACCAGUUAGCUGCAGAAGUGGUUAGCGUGCCCCAUUCCGGUCAGAUUGCAGCUGCUGGAACUCCGUCAUCGAAUUCAUCCAGUGGAAUUCAUACUGCGCCGCUCGUAGAUGCUGACAAAGAGAUAGAGUUUGUACAGAAAGCAAUGGAAAAGGGUGUGGUGUACCUACUGGGAGAAACAGAAGUGGUGGCAGAGGAGAAUUCCUCUAUACUAAAGCGGGCAGUGGUUAACUACUUCUACCAUUUCCUGAGAAAGAAUCUUAGGGAAAGUGACAAGUUGUUGUCGAUCCCAAAUCGCAAGCUUCUUAAGGUGGGUAUGACAUAUGAGAUAUAAACUAUCUUUUGAAGCUGGUCUCUUACCACAGGGUCAUCUAAACCAACAAUGGCUCAUAAUUGGGUGUGUGUGUGCAUGUGUGCAGCUUACACUUGAGUGCUGCUUAAAAGCAAUUAUACGUAUAUAAAAGGUUUAAUGUUUGUUUCCUUGAAGUUAAUUAGUCCGGGUGGUGGUUUUUGUUGUAAGUUGAAUAUUUUUGUUUCUUCUUCAAGUUGCUACGUGGCAACUAACAUGGUGAAGUAUUAUCUCUAAUUCUCUAUAUGCUCAAAUAUCGGGUUAUGAUUGUCUA